AUGGAGAUAAUUUACCAGCCCCUUGGCUAUGGGCCGGUCUCCCUGCUCCCAGUCAACCAAGCACAGCAAAGCAAAGUAAUAACUGACGAGGCUGUGAAGCGGCGCAGAGCUGAACUCAGGGCAGACGAAGGUCGAAUUAAAGCAAUCGGUUUAUACCUGGGGCGCCCGCCUUUGGCCGCGAUAUUCCAAGCGGGCGAGAAGCGUGUCCCACGCGCGUCUUUUGCUGGCCAAUCUGCUUUGUUGAGCUCUGAAGAAGUCGGGAAAUAA